GAACGCCACAAAUUCACUCAAGGAGACCACUUUUCUUAUUCUCCAUCUGGGAAUACACAAUAUUCCAGAUUGAUGAACGAGAAUCCUCUUCUAUUACACGAAUACCGCCAACUACUGUCGCCUUCCGAAGGUUCUUUGUUCUAGAAUUAUUAUAUGUCGAACCUCAUCCUUCACCUCUCGCCACGAUCAACCUGCAAGGUGAACCCAGCAGCUUUUCUGGUGAAAUUCUGGUGAAUAGUACCCCAGAGAUCCUAUUCACAGUGUGCCUACGAGACCGGCCUACCAAUAUCAUACCACCCAAGGCGGAGUUUGAUCAUCAUCAAUGAGCCGCAUCCAAACCGAAAGCCUAUUUACGCCUCUCAAGAUAGCAUAAGCAUCUAAAACAAGGGUAUACACAACUUUGCGGGCUGCCGUAUUACGAUACAUUCUGAUACAGAUAAACCCGGCUGCCCCAGGCCCGGUGCGUUCGAAAUGGUCGUCGACGAAAUGGAGAUCUCCUACGACGGACACGAUGGCGAUGAUGAUAUCGACAUUAACAUAGACAUCGAGCCCGGAAAUCACGACGAGGACUUCAUCAUUGAAGACGCCAGAUCAGAAGCAGGCACCAACGAUGAUGUGAUGCUCGAUGAAGAUAAUGCAUCGUAUAACAUGGAAGAUGCUGAUUAUGUGCCCGAAGAAGAGCUCCAGGAUGUCAUUGACACCGAGACUAUUGACGUUUCCGAACUGGAAAUGCUGAGGCCCCACGACACUGAAGAACAUACCUUUCCUUCUAACACUGUCCCGAGCCCUCUCCAGAGUGAGGACCGUUAUACAAACGGUAAGCCUGCGGAUGAUACGACAAGUGUCGCGCAGGCUGUCCAAGCUGAAGAACUCCAACCCGAAGAAGUUUCUAAAAUAAUUGAAGAAGUUGCAGCACAGCCGACACCGUCUCCUACCAUUCAUAAGGAAUCACCACCCCUAUCAAAUGAGAAACCACAAGAAGUGGAGAAUAUAAACCCACCAAGCCCACCCCAAGCCCCGAAAGAAAAAGAGCAAGAACAGCAACAGCAACAAGAACAAGAACAAGAACAAGAACAAGAACAAGAACAAGAACAAGAACAAGAACAAGAACAAGAACAAGAACAAGAACAAGAACAAGAACAAGAACAAGAACAAGAACAAGAACAAGAACAUGGCGAAGCAUCCAAUGUUAAUAAUGAACAGAAGGUGAAUGUUGAACAAGAUUUGAUAUCUGAGGAGCGUAAUAUCACUGUGGGCUAUCAAGGAUCUGAAUACGCGCUGGUGGCAUCGUCUGAGUCCGAUGAUCCAGAUUCCUACUUCUUAAAAGAUUCAUCUGUGCUGAAGGAGCCACUGUCUGCCCUUUUUGCUGUCCUGCGAGACAUCCUCCAUGACGAAAUCCCUGCUGGUGAUGAACUAGUGUUCACAAUCGAUGAUUUGGGAUUGGAAACCUGUGAAACUUCUACUGCUAAUACCGAAAUAUCCUUUUCUCAAAUCGCGGAUCUUCACACCACCCUUGUUCGCAACGAUGGCGCAGACAUUUUGCCAUCGCUCUUCGUGACUCUAGCAACCAGAUCCGAGUUUGGUCGAUUUUUUGCAAACCUAGCUGAGGAUGCGCGGCAAGGUAAAGGACUGCAGGAGGUGGCUAAGUCUUGGAACGAGGAUAAUGGCCUGGAACUUUGGGGAGAGUCAGAGGCUUAUGAUAUUAAUGGCAUUGACGCUGACGAACAAGUGGAAAAUGUUGAAUUGGGAGAAGAUUGGACCGAAGUUGGUUCUGUCCAAGAUAUCUCUCCAGGAUCCCCUGCUGCGGAGGCACCGACAGAAGAAAAGCCUAUGACCUCAGAAGCAGUUGAACCUGAUACGACCCAAGUUCCUGUUGUGGCAGAAGAAAAUGAGCCAAGUGAGCAAACGAACGAGAAGCAUGAUGCGGAAUUGACUAAACCCGAACCAAAUGGCAACCAUGAAGAAGAGGAAGAAGGUGGUGACCUGAUUGACUACGAUGACGAAGAUUACGCGCUGGGCGGGAAUGGAGUCGAAACUGCCCCAAAGCAGGAGCAGACCGACUAUGAACAACCUGCCCCUGUAGCGGAACAUCAAGCUACCGACGAAAUCCCCGAUAAGAGCCGGCGUUCGAGCUCGCAAACAAUUGACGGAACAAAUGAGACUGAUGCUACUGCACAGCCGAGUAUAGAUGCCCCUGGAGAUGUGAAUGGGGCUGCAGAUUCCGCAAAUGAUGUUGCCUCUACUAAUGGGAAUAUUCGCCAAGAAGCCGAAGUGGGCGAAGAUUUUGAAGCCGCUGGCAAUGAACAUGAACAUCAAGCUGAAGUAAAUGAAAAUUUUGAAGCUGGUGCCGAUGAACAUGAGCAUCAAGCCGAAGUAGGCGAGGGAUUUGAAGUUGGCACCGAUGAGCACGAGCAUCAAGGUGGAGUGGAUGAAAGCUUUGAAGCUGGCGCUGAUGAACAUGAGCACCAAGACAAUGGAGAAUACGAGGGAGAAGUCCCAUAUGAAGACGAGGUGGAUGCAUCUUACUACGUUGAAAACGAAGAUGGCCACGUCCAAGAGACGAAUGGCGAGACAGAACAUGGCGAAGAAUUUGGCCAUAUUAACAUUGAUACCGAGGCGACAGCUUCUGACACCCAGAAUAAUAAAAACGCGGAAAAUGACGGAGGUGAAAUAAGUUACGAAGACGAUGAUGUUGAUGGGUCGUUGUCUGCUCUCGUUGAGAACGACGAGACAGAUGAUAAACCUGCGGUAACAGACUGCAAGGAGAACCACAAAGAGGAGACGGAUGAGAUCGAUUAUGAAGAUGACAACGAGGUCAGCCAGUUUGCAGGAUCAGGACCCACGACACCUGCGAAAUCACUGGUGCCAGGGAAGAGGUCACAUGAGGAGGAUGGGGAGGCGAAUGGCAUUGACGGUCAAGAAGCAAAGCGUCCCCGAUCAUGAUCGGAGAAGCUUGUUUAUACGUCAAUGAUGUGCUUAUGCAUGACUAUCAACGUCCUCAUCCUCACUUGUUUGCCUUGGGAACUGGUUACUACAUCUCCCCGAAGAGGAACUCGAGAACUCUCGAAGUGCAUGCCAGUAACCAACUUCACCAUUUUUGAUCUGCUGCACUAGCACAGAACAUCGACAUAUCAGGCCGGGUUAUGGAUGGAAAAUGCGAGUUAAUUCGCAUAGGUAUGUUACUCAUCACACUGACACUGCACCCCUUUAUCCCCUGCUUUCCAUUAAUCAUCCAAUACCCCCUCUUCGUUUGUAUCAAAAUCUUGUAAUAUCUAUGAGGCCUCCACUUUUCGCCACUGCGGAAAGCUCUAAGCAAGUGCGAGAGCAUUUUUUGGCCCAUUCCGCGUUUUCUUGCUUCUUCAUUUGCAUUGCACGGCUUCAAAAACAGUUCUCGGAUGGGCGGAUGGAGUGCACGAACUUCCUCUCGGAAAUAAGAUCCAUCAGGAGAGAGAGAGGGAGAUCCACUUCCAUAUGUAUCGUAUUGGCGGGCCGUGGUGGAGUGGAUCGCAUGCGUCCUCGAGCGCUGGGGAGGAAUUUGCCCUAUCAGUAUUGAAAUGUGGGCACGAUGGAGGCUGUGUUUGGAGUACAAAGUUUAGCUUCAAGUGAAUUGCGAUUCAUACCACAAUUACGGAAUGUUAAUCUCCAUGCACUGAAGGCCAGGCCAUGGAGCCCAAAUGUUCAAUUGCUGCCGGAGACUGAAUGCUAUAUAGCAGUGAUAUCUACUGUAAAUAACCGUUGUAGUAGCAUACGUUAUAUACUGAUCCACGAACUUAUUUAUAUAGAU